UUUUCCCAGUCAUCUAACUAUACCCCCAAAUACCACACUCAAUUUCUCUCUGUUCUAAACAUUAAUAUAAGCGACAAAAAAAAAAUGGUUUGUUUCUGUUUUCUAGUUGAUCAAACAAAGCAGGUGUGCAAGAGCAAACCAGCGGCUGGAACAUGUUCCCGGUGCGGUGGAGGAGCAAGUGUUGCUGAUAUGAAAACUGCUACAAGGUUUUGCUAUGUACCUUUCUACUGGAAAAACUGGAAAGCUAUUGUCUGUACAUUCUGUGGUGCCAUUCUACGCUCUUACCGAUGAAAUUAAUGAGUGAGACUUAGUUUUCUUAUAUGAUCUUGGAGCUCAUGAACUAGGCCGACGUCCAUUUUACUAAAUAUAGUGUGUGUUGCAGCUUCUGGAUGAGUAAUUUUUGUGCUAGUUUUUGUUUCAUUUUUUUUUUCUUAAUUAUUCUUUAGGCAUUUUUAUUUAAUUUAUUAGAUGAUUAUUUAGAUAUUAUUUUAAGAGGAAAAUGUACUAACAGCCGCUAUUGUUAAUCUAUUCAGAAAUAACUAGAUCUCUGUAAUUCUUCUUUU